AUGAGCAGCAGUUCGUUCAGCCGAUCGGUUAAUGACAAUGAUGAUGAUGAUGCCAAGUACAAAAAUGAAACAAGUAAAAGAGGCCGCAAAAAUGACAAAGUAGAAUGCGAAAAAAGGUUAAAGAAUAAAUCGCACAAGAACAGGACUGGCGAUGCAAGAAAAUGUAACGGAGGAAGCGACUCCUCCAGUUCCCCAAAUUUUAAAAAUCAGCAUAGGGAUAAACAUAAACAAGAACAUAUGAAAAUUUCAGAGGCAAAAAAUGAUUCCGAAAAUAGGAAAAGCUCUAAAGGAAAAAGAAUGAAACAUAAAGCCCGUAGCAGCAGCUCGUCAUACGAUAAAUAUUCUAACAAAAAAAGAAAGAAAGACAAGGAAAAGCUACAUAAGUUAAAAGAUGGAAAAAAUGAAGACACCUUGCGGAGCAACAAAGGAAGGAGAACUUCUUCCACAUCACGUAGGAAGAAACAUUACAGUGACAGUGAAGAAUGCGAACGGGAAAAUUUCUCCAGGGGAAAAAUAAUCAGACAUCGCAAUAGCAAACGGAGAAAAUCCAUUUCACGUUCAUCUUGCCUUGAUGAAAGAAGGGGGAUGGAGUCUCAUUCGAGGAGUGAAAGCCGCAGCAGUGGGGGAAGUAGCUACGAUGACUCAUCAUCUGGUGAAUGCGACCCGAGUGGUACAUCCUCGGAUGGAAGUAGUGAGAGCAGUAGCCUCUCCGAUGGAAGUAGUGUAAGCAGUAGCCCCUCGGAUGGAAGUAGUGUAAGCAGUACCCCCUCUGAUGGAAGUAGUGUAAACAGUAGCCCCUCGGAUGGAAGUAGUGUAAGCAGGGGGUUGUCAAAAAAAAGGAGAGUCGAGACGGAGCAGGGAGAGGAGACGAAGGCACCAAUGGGAGAUUCUCCAAGUGGCGUAAAGAAGAAGGAAGAGUACGAGGCGCACAUUUACGACAGCAAGGAAAUGAUAAGGUUGACCAUCAGCAUUCUCCAGAAUUACAACUUUCUAAAUAAUUUAAAAAUAUUAUAUCAAAAGCUAGAUAAGAAAAAAAAAAUUUCACUUGAAAGUAUGAAAGAUUUAAAAUUAAAAAAAAAAUUAAGACAUUUAUUUAGGGCAUGGAAAUUAGAAAAGGAGGGAGAGUUCUACAGAAAGCCGCAUACUUUUAAAGAAAAUAUAAUGGACAUCUUUAACAGCCUAAUGUAUUACUUUUUGUCCAGACUGGAUGUAAAUAAGCUGAGGCGCAACAUUAACAAACGGAAAGCUAGCUCCUUGAAGAGGGAUAAUCCGAAGGAACAUGAUAACCAAGAUGGAAGAGUCAACAGUUCACGUGAUGAUUACGAUAUCGAUAAUACGAAUUACUAUGAUAGUAAUUUUAUCGUGAAUUUUCAGGAGGAGGACUACUCCCAUGUGAUGCAGAACACUAAGGAAAAAAUGAAAAGUUUGAGGGAGCUACAUGAAGAAGGGUGCUUUACAAAUUCAAAGGAACAGUAUAAAGAAUUUUUAGAGAAACAUAAAAAAAUUGAUUUAUGGGGAAAGAAUGAGCAAGAACAAAAGUUUCUGUUAAAUUCGAAAAAUUCAGUUAACGAGAGGAGAACCUUUGAUAGGGAAACUGAUUUGGCAAUAAACAGGUUUGUAAAAAAGGACGAUUAUAGGAAACUGAUUAAUCGUACAAAACAGCACGUGGAUGACAAGUUUCACAAAACAGGAGAUCGGGUUUAG